UUUCCACCUACUAGCGGCAAAGCCAACACAGCACGUUCACAGUUCUUCUUCACACAUGUUCUCUCCGAUGCUGCUAAGUUUUACUAGAUUGAGGGAUUCCUUUCAUGAAAGGGAUUUCUUACGCAUGCGCAAUUAGACAUUUCGUACGAGGGUUUCGCCGAAGCCGAUCCUAUGUUUGCUCGAGUGUUUUGUAUGCAAUCAACACAAUUGCGUACAAGACGCGACACGAAAUGAUACGAUGUAUGUAUCUCCUAUGUGUAUUACGGAGUCACGCGAGACUGUUUAGAUCUACGAAUGUUCACCUGAUAAUUCUUUCGAAUAAAACGUUGAAUUAAAGGAAACCUGCUUUUUUAAUAUAUACUACCAUAAUUACUAUUUAUAGUAAUUAUUUAUAAUAUUUUUUAUCCUUUGAAAAAACUAAAAUAUUGUACAACGUAAAUUACCUAACCUGUAAAUAAUCUAUAUUCAUGGCGCCACAUAUAAAAAUGCAACCACAGUUACUCAAUGUAAAUAGAACACCUAGUCAACCGAAGAAACGCAAAAAGAUUACUCUUGUAUUUGAUGAAAACAAGAGGCGAGAAUUUCUGACAGGAUUUCGAAAAAGAAAAUUACAAAGAAAACAAAAAGCUAAGGAAGAACUGCAACAACAAUUAAAAGAAGAACGGAAAAGAAUUAAGCACGAGACGCGGGAACGUUAUAAAAAGUUGCUAUCAAAUCGCGAUAUUCCUGAAAUUCAACAGUUAUUAUCUCAACAAGAAUAUGAAACAGAAGGACAUACUAUUAGCAUUUUAGAAUUAAAUACUGCAGAUCUGGCAGAAAAGAAUACUUUAAUUGGUGAAAAUAAAGAUAUUAAUGAAGUGAAAAGUGAUGAGGAAGAAGAAAGUGAUGGGAAUUCCAAAAAUGAUGAAGAAAUUGUAGGAAUGGCUUUAAAUGAAAAUAAACAGCCUACAAAUUUAAAAGAAAAUUCAAAAGAAAAGCAAAUUGAAAAUAGAAAAGAUUUAAAGAAAGUAAUGAAGAGAGCUGCACUGAAACAAGUGAAAAAGAGUAAAGCAUUUCAACAGAAACAAAAAAUGGAACGUCAAAAGAGUAAGAAAGAAAGUAUAAGAAAACGUCGAAGAGUUGAAAAAGCUAAGAAACGUAGCGGAAAAUUAAAAAAAAAGUCAGGUCAUUAAAUUAUUUUAAAGUUUCUUUCUUAAAUAUUCUAAAUAAAUACAGUAUGUAAUAAAUA